AUGGACGACACAGACCUCAUUGCUCGUGUAUAUCCCUUUGUUCCGAUUGACGAGGAAAAUAAUUCUGAAAAUCAUGCUGUUAAGGCGACCACAGGCAGUCGCUUAUGUGUUCUGCCCCUGCUUCAAAAGCCGCGGCAAGAGGUUCGGUAUGGACGUGACGAUCGCGAGAGAACCGUAUCACCAGAUGAGGCUGGUGAUAGAACGCUUUCCGGACUUGAUUUACUUCCCUGCAUUGAGGUUAGAUUUAGCAAAACCCCACGAUCCUCACAUGGGGUCCUGUUUGGAUGCAGCAGACGGUGUGACGUUGUUCUACCUGAUGUUGGUGGUCUUAGCAAUUUUCAAUUCAGCUUGACGUUCGACGACAAGGGGCGCUUUAUAGUGAAAGAUAUGGGUUCUCGUCUUGGGACUGAGGUCACUUAUAAUAGGCAAGGGGCCGGUCAUCGACGAAACUUCCAAUGGAUAGUUGGCGGGGAUCGCAACGCAAAGCGAAAAGUGCGGAAAAUUAUCAAAUUACAGGGGUUAGUCAAGUUCCAGAUUGUCGUUGCUGAGCAUGAAUCACAUGGGUCGGAAUCAUAUAAAGACAAAGUCCGAAAAUUCCGUCAGGGCGCUGGCACAACAGAAGAUUUCUUCAGCGACCUGGAUCUUCCACUUCGGCCUGACGCAGAAAAACCCACAGGGGCACACACGCCGUGGGAUACUCCUAUAUACCUAAAAAAGGAACUUGGAAGAGGAGGCUUUGGCGUUGUGACUCACCACUGGAAUGUGAGCACUGGAGAAGAGUCUGCCGUGAAAGAGGCGUUACAAAAGGACGAAAUAAACCUUGACGAGUGGCUGAAGGAGGGGACACUAUUGCGUCGAUUAUCACAUAAGAAUAUUGUCAAAGUCCAAAAUGUUAUUACAGAUCCUCCACAACUAUGGCUUGAGUAUGCUUCAAAGGGCUCUCUGCGCAACUGCGAAAACAUCACUGUUGCCGAGAGCGUAUCUAUCCUUCGCCAAAUUCUUUCAGCUUUAGUAUACCUACAUGAAUCAAUGCCACAGAUUGUGCAUCGAGAUAUUAAGCCUGAUAAUAUCUUAGUCCGCCGGCGUACUUCUGAUGAAAUUACAGUUGUUCUUGGGGAUUUCGGUCUCUAUAAAGAGGGCGAAAGCUUAAACACGGCUUGUGGCACGAAAGCUUACGCCCCACCGGAAAUUUGGGAAUCGCUCAACAACUACCUCAGUCAACAAAAGCAUUAUUCGCCGGCUGUGGAUAUCUGGUCUCUUGGUAUGGUUAUGUAUGCGCUUCUGUUUGGCUUACCGAGAUAUCGGCCGUACUGGGCUCACGCCACUCGGGAAAUGACCUGGUGUGAAUGGAUCGUCCAUUGCCUCAGGGAGGAAGACCGCAAGAAAACCGAUGAUCUCAAACAAUUACUGCUUAAUAGCAUGCUGCAACUGUCUCCAAAUGACAGAGAUUCUGCCAGAGAAUGCUAUCUCAAGGUCAUGGCGCUUCAACGGACGAUUGUUGAUUGUAAAGAAGUUGCAUACAGAGGCAUACCGGCGCGAAAAGACAAGACUGUUGUCAUUUCCGGCACCUACACCAAGGAGAAGCCAACUGUACGGAAUUUGCAAUUGCGCGGUAAACAUUCAACUGGCCAAGACGAAUACCAGACUAGACUCGAAGAUGUGCUGCCUACAACAGAAUCGCCGGAGUCUGAUGAAGUCCCGCAUCCUCGUCACUCACUCCAGACUGUACAUGCGGAAGCAGUCGGAGAAGAGGAAGUCGAAAACCAGGCCAGACAGAGAUAUGACACGCCCUCAUCAUGCUAUUCAAAAGCCAGGGCAAACUUGAAGCGAUCGAGCGAAGAAAUUGCUCUACAAGGCCCUGGUUCGAAGCGCCGAAGCCAACGCUCGAUCUCGAAAGCAUUGGACGACGAGCUUGACGAAGCGAAGGCAGUAGAAGCUUUGCUGCGGUGUUUUCCUAACGGAGCGCCCCCCCCGAGCGGCUCGUCCCGAAGCGUUGCCCUGAACGGCGGUGCGCGCGGGCCGCCCGAGACAAAUGGAGCCGGUGUUGCCGGUCCUCGUCCCCAGAGCCGCCAUGAGGGCCGGAGCAGAUUCAGCCACAACAAGCACAUAUAUAGACUUGACAAUUACCAGUAA